AAAGAAAACUCAAGAUGUCAUGAAGAAAAGAGAAAACGAUGUUUUUUAAGUAAAUACGGAACCAUCCAACGCUUUGAGUUUUGGUGGGAGACUCAAGAGGAAGUGGAUUCUGCAAAAAAUCACUAGGCUCAAUUGGUGUUGAGACAAUCAUCGAAUCACAAUUUUAAGUCUACAGAAAGUAAACAUAUUUUGUAUAGUCUAAUGGAUGCACAAUUUGCCGGUAGAAUUUGUAA